GGCACGCCUCUAUCCUCACUGCAGAUUUGUCUGGUCACGGCAAAAGAAGGACUCAGCAUUGAGCAUUCUUUUCAGGAUGAGAAGAAAACCGAGCAUAAAGAAAAGGAGGACUUUACAAGUGUAGGCUCUGUAUUGGCUUGGCUGAUGGCUGGUGUAUGACCUUCUUGCUUGGCCCCUGCCAGACUAGCCUGGCAGUGAGGAGUUGAUUUGUUUCUGGGGUGUUUUUUUGUCCACUGAUGUUUGUUUCACAUGAAAAAAAAGGGUGGACCUCUCAGUGCAAGACGAUGUAGAAGUAACGGGAAGCAUGUACGAUGACCACCAUGGUUUGCAACGACACGAGGAGCAGUGGACAGGAAGCACAGCUGAUCUAUGCCAUCACUCUGCCUCUGUCUGCCACCAUCAUUUUGGCCAAUCUACUGAUCAUUUUGGGCAUUGCCUCUAGCCGCCAGCUCCACAACGCCCGUAACUACUUGUACCUGAGCCUGCUAGUGGCUGAUCUGUGCAUGGGCGUGGCCUUGCCCUUCAUCCCCUGGAUGAGUCUGAGCCGCCCUCUCGCCUUCUCCUCCUGCCUGAUGGUACACAUCUUCCCCAACUUCCUAUUCCUGGCCUUUAUCUUUAACCUGGUACUGGUAUACUAUGAGCGCUACAUGAGUAUUGUCAGCCCGGUGCUACCAGGCCACUUCUGGCCACGCAGCCGCUUUGUUCCAGCCCUGCUGGCUGUGUGGCUGCUCCCUCUGGUCUACGCCCUGCUGCCUGCUUUCGGCUGGAACAACAAGGACAGGUUUGACGAGGUCGGCAGUGGUUGGUGUCCUGCAGCCAACAACACGGUCCACUCUGUGGCUAUGCCUAAAGACAACUGUUGCAUAUACCAUAAUAUCUUUCCGGAUACCUUCAUCUACUUGGAGGUUUAUGGCCUGCUGGUGCCCGCCAUUGUCUCCAUCGCCGCCAUGACUGGCCGAGUGUUGUGGAUCACACGGGUCCAGAUGAGGGACAUCCAGCGGCAGCAGCGGGCCGUGAACAGCACAGAGCAGAGGCGCAAGCUGGGGCUGCGCUAUACUCGCUGCGUGGCCACUGUCUCCCUGGCCUUCCUUGUCUGCUGGUUGCCGUACAUCAUCUACACACUUUUGUGCAUGGUCUUCCUGCAGAAUCAUGAACCACAAGUGAACCGUACUGCGUACAUUGUGCUCUCUUGCACUGGUGUGGGUGGCAUGUCCACAGUGCCACUCCUCUUGGGUCUUGCCAACAGGGAGUACACCAACCCCGCCAGGAGACUGUUGCGCAAGGUAUGGCACCGCUGGCACAGGACGCACCAACAAAGGGAUGUUAACCUUCAGGUGUUUCACAGUUAAAACUGGGCAUUGGCAGUAUAUGGCACUGGAUUACUGGAUACCAAUAUAUUG